CUCUUGCUUGCCUGUAUUUACGUUACGGUCCCACUGUCCGAUUAGCCAAUGGCUUAGAAAGCAUCAAGAUCGUUUGCUUUUUCUUUAUUUUCCUUUUAUUUCAUUUCUGGAUGUAUACUGUUCAUGAGAUGGCGAUCACCGGCUUACAAUGAAACUCCGGGUUCAAUAUGACGGAUGUGAAAGUAGAAGAGCAUCAAAACUGAAGGAGUCCCAGACGGUGAUGCAGCCCAAUUCCGACGAGCGAGAUGCCCACGCAGGAAACGGUUUGUCCCUAAAUCUGCAACAAGAACAUCUGACCAAAACACAGACCCCCACCGGAGCUCCGGCCCUUGCCGAGAGCGGAGAGGUGCGGGUACACAUGACCGGCGACUCCGGGGAGACCAGUGCAGGGAGUGCCUCAUCUCGGAGGUCCAGAGCCAGCUCCCACAGUCACUCCCAUUCACAUGGACACAGCAGGGCCCAGCACCCCCCGCAUACACAUGAGCCCGAGUCUGCGGAGCCCGACAUGGACUCGGGAGAAACCAGCUCCUCCUUCUCGGAGCUCCGCUACCUCUACCACUGGAUCCAAAAGAGUCUUCCUUUUCUCGUCAUCCUCGGUUCCAAGUUGAUCAUACAACAUGCUCUGGGUUUGGCAGUAGGCGUUGGCCUCUUCAUGACCUUUCUGUAUGUGAAUAAAAGCCUUCAAACCCAGGUCUUUCUUCAGGAUCGUCACUCCAAGCUGCAGUGCUUAUGGCUUCUGUUGUUCAUGACCUUGUCCACCUCCCUCCUGUACUACACCUUCCUCCCAGAGAGCCUUCACUACUGCCUCAUCUUCCUGGGCCCCAGCAUCGAGCCCUUGGGGUUCUGGGAGGUGCUAUGGACCGUCGGUGUCACCAACUUCAUCAUCAAGUUCCUUAUGAUGGGAACCAAGUGCCUUAUUCUGCUGCCACCCUCCUCGCUGCUUUCCUUCAGGAGCCAGGGCCGUUGGCUGAUGCUAACAGAGGAGCUAGGCCAGAUUUACCAGGCCCUGGCCCCGGUGCCCCCGUGGUUCCGCUACCUGGUCACCUACCAGGAGGUGGACGGCAACACAGGCCUCACCCUGGGGGUCCUGCUGGCCCUGGUUUACCUCAUAAUGAAGCUUUUAGGAUUGUACAGCCAGCGGACGGCCAUCACCAAGACUGUGAGGAUAUUCUCCAAGGGCGAGCAUACGGGGAUGCCGGCCAGCAGGAGUCAGUGUAGCGAGGCGGGAGACGUGUGUCCCAUCUGCCAGGGAGAGUACCGGGACCCUCGCUCACUGGUCUGCCAGCAUGUGUUCUGUGACGAGUGCAUCGCGCUGUGGUUCAACCGGGAGAAGAGCUGCCCGCUGUGCCGCACUGUGAUCACAGAGAAGGUGUACAAGUGGAGGGACGGCGCGACCUCCCCUCACCUGCAAAUCUAUUGACUCCUCCCCCAGGGCGGAGACGCUCGCUUUUUAACCCCUCCCACAUAGUUAUCGAUAUGUGUGUUUGCGUGUUUUGAAUGUGUGUUUGGUGCGUGAGCUUUUAUGGCUGACAAUAGACCUUUUUCCCCGGAGACGCCAUUGUAGGAUAAACACGGGUGUCACCCGUACACUGAUUUAGGGUGAGCUACUUUUAUAUCUCAGGGUAUGGAGGGUGGUGGUAGACUUAUCUUUACUAGUUCAGUCUAUGACCUGUGCCUUGCUACAUAAAAUGGUGCAGGCCCAUGCUCAGUGUUAUGAGCGACACCCGUGUUAAUCGGUCACGGCGCCCCUGACAAGAGUCUAUACCCACCGACUGUAACUGACGUCUUAACUGUGUAUCUUGGGGGGGAGGGGACUUGUAGCCAGGAAUAAUAAGGUUUUGAGUUUUAUAAUCCCCCCCCUGUGUCAAUGUGGUUUUCUCAAACAUUGUGUUUUGAUUUUCCUUACGUCCAUUUAGAAAUGUCUACCAUUUCACCAUUAUUAUUAUUUUUUGGUAAAGGGUCAAUAAUGUUGGACAUCUUCUAAAGUGUGUUGAUUUAAUUAUUUGUUAUAUUUACUCCCACCCACCAUUUUUUUUUGAUUAAGUAAUCUUUUACUUAAUCUUUUUUUUUUUUCAUUUGGGGAGAUUGAUCUAUCUUUUUUUCGAAUGACAGAAUUAACCAUGUUACUGUUUGUUUUGCUUCAUGGCAGGAGAGCAUCCACACCUGUUGGCACAUCAGAUGUGUGCAGCAGGAAUUCAGAAUGUAGUAGAAUUUAUAAAUAUAUCGAUUAUAUAUACACUGUAUAUAGUAUAUACACACUAUAAGAUUGGAAUACGAUUACCAUGAGCACGGUUAAGAUCACCCACCCAAAUACAAGAAAGAUUAUGUAUAACUUUGGUUAUUGUUUUGAAUAUUUUCAAUUUUGCUUUGAUUUUCUCAUGUCAAAAAAUAAUACAAGACAUUGAAAUUAGUUUGAUCCAAACAUGAAACUAUUUUUCUAUAGAUGUGAUUUAUAGCCUCCUUUCAUUUCUUAAACCAAAGAUUGUGAGCACCUACUAUUUUAUUACAGUAAAAUACCGAACUCUGUCUCUUUCCUACUUUUUGUCUUACAACCACAAACUACACGAUAAAAAGCUUGCAAUUCAAGAUUUUAUUCAAAUUGUGAUUCAGAGUGCUGUCUUGUUGCAAGAGAGAAAACCUGUACUUCCCAUAUCUUUGCCCUUAAUAUAUAUUAACAUUGGCAAGUACAAUAGGCUUCCAUUUAUCUUAACGUAUUUGACCGGUUUGUUAAAAGUACAGGUUAAUUAUUGAGAUUGCCUGUCUGGAGAUGUUAAUCAGUGUGAUUAAUGUUCUGCCCAGCUCUCGCUGUGUAGCGUGAACCUGCAGAGUCCGACAUGGACUCGGGAGAAACCAGCUCCUCCUUCUCUAAGCUGGUUACGCGCUUACUGCCACGACCCCACUGGUAUAUAGAGACACAUAAGUGGUAGCCAACCACAGCUGGCAGGCAAUUAGCUCCGGCCACGUGAGUAGUGACUCACCUGGGUUCCUGGCGAGCUCUGGUCCUUCUCUCUCUUGUAGGGGAGAUAGCCAAAGCAUUGGGGUGAACGGUAGCUAUCUCGUUCAGUUAUUGCUUUGACAUAUAACAUAGACAAACAAAGACGGCAAAGGGGCGGUCACGUUCCCCGUAGGAAUCCUUAAUUCUGAUGUGGUCCUGCUAUGUGGGUGAAUGGGCUUUACAAAGUCUUAUGAUUUCGGAGUGUAACCACUGGGCACCAUGCUGUCUAUCCAGACACCCUCUUGCUUCUGUGUCGCCAUCUUGGAUCCCUCAGGUGACCAUAAUCAAGGCCCAUCAAGGGAGCCACUCCCACAUUUACCAUGACCACCAGUUACCCACCAGCUUAACAUUACCAAACAGUAGGAUCGUGACAUUCCUCCCCCCAUAAGCAAAACAAAAACACAACAAUUAUUUAUUUAUUUUUCACCUGUCCUUUUGUGUUUUUUUUUUCUAAUCUUAUAUUUCAUUUU